CAGACCAAGAGAGACAUCCUCCAGAACCUCCUUCAGGCCGUACUUCUGGCCACUAGCUAAGCGAGAACAUGAACUUCACGCCCCUCUAUCCACUAGACUCCCCCUCCAAUCUGCACGUCUCCCCAGGAUCCACCUUCCUCCUCUCCGUCGCCGAGUCCCGCACCCUUCUCGUGCGAUCCGCCGCAACCCUCGCACUCGUGCGCUCCUGGACCCUCCCGCCUUCCCACCCACCUAUUGAGCACACCGCCUGGUCUCCCGAUGGAGCUUACUUUCUCGCUGCUUCUCUGAGCGCAGGGAGAGUAGAUGUCUUCGUACUAGAUCCGAGGAGACAGCCUGAGGAGGGGGCGAUCUUGUCUGGUGAAGGAGAGGAGAGGGAGAGGGGAGAAGAUGUAGGCGCUGUGGCAGUCAUUGAAAGUGGGCCGAUGAAAAUAACGGGAGCUGCUUGGGCGCCGGCUGGUGGACCGCCGACGAUUUUGACCUUUGCUGGAGAUGAGCUUGUUAUGACUGCACAUUGCCUGGCCGAUUCUUCGGCAGCAUUCUUUCCCGACGUCAAGAGAAGCAGAUACUUUCCGCACCCAACUGACCGAACACGCUUCGCGCUUUUGCAUCGAGCUAAUCCGAAUACAAGCGCACCAGAGACGGUAGCAAUCUAUCAUUACGUUGAGCAAGAGACCUCAAGGCCACAGGGAAGCUACGCAGCGUUGCUUGCCUUCAAUCGAAGCGGAGCCUCAUCAUCCUCUUCAGGCCCAGGUCUGGCUUCCAAUUGGACUCUCGAGAGCUCCUUUCCGGCCAGGACGAACGAUGCUGCUUCCCUCAGCUGGUCACCCGAUGGCACUCUAAUCGCGGUCUGGGAGUCUUCAAUGGAAUACAAGCUCAACCUCUUCACGCCGACUGGCCACUCCAGAGGAACGCUGAUGAUCUCAAGCGAUGCGAAGAAGGAGAGUGAAGGACCGAUCUUCUUCGAGCCCCACGGUGAUGGGCUAGAUGGAGAAAGUGCCAAUCUCAAGGCCAGCGGGACGAGCAGUAGUGGCAGUCUGCGCUCGUCUUCUGGACCUACCACUCGGGGUGGCUCGAGCAGGGCAAAAGAGGAAGAGAACGGAGACGAGGGGGUGAUCAUAGCCGGGGGAGGUAUGGGCAUCAGGACAGUCGCAUGGCAGCCUUCCGGUCGAGGGAGCCACCAUGCGACCGGCUUGUUGGCCGUGGGCGGUUACGACGAACAAGUUCACCUCCUCACCCCCUUCAUCGACGCCUCUCCGGAUGCAGGCGACUGGGGAGUGCUACGCCCCUCACUUGACCUCGCCAAGAGGAACUUUUCUUCGACCGGUCACUUCAAGUCGUCUGCUUGCUCUUUCCGCGAACCGACAGGAUGGAUUGAGCAGACUGGCGGACGGGGGAUUGUCGGCUUCCUCCAGGGCUCUCUGCCUGUGGCUCCCCCAGCGUUGAAGGCAGAUUGGGACAAACACAACCCGAAGGUGGGGAUAUGCUGGAUGGAGUGGGAUCCGAGCGGUAAGCUGCUGGCGGUGAGAAAUGAGACGUUGCCUUCUACGAUUUUCAUCUACUCUGUGGUGGAUGAUUCCGCAUCGUCAUUACCAACGUCUGCACCUCAGCUCUUGACCGUUGCUUUGUUCUCGGCGUCGAUCUCCACGUGUACCUGGAGACCGAUGCCGACAGCAACAGGUAGUGCAAAUCUUUCCGGCUCAUCGGUAGCGACAUUACCACAACUAGCACUUGUGACAGGGACAGCUGCAGUGUAUACGUGGGACCUGCUGUCUCAGCAUACAUCCGGGCCUCUAAUGAGACUGGAGGGAGUACCAGUGCCAAUGUCCAGUGGCACAUCAUUCACACCGACAUCGGUCCGAUACUCCCCGGACGGGCAGAAGAUUGUCCUGGCGUCGGCGGGACCCCCGAAUGAGAUGGGCGCACACUGCGUGGGCGUAGCAGUGGACGAGGAUGUUGCAGACGAGGCGUCGAUGUCGUCGUCGUAAUGAAGCGAAGCAU